UUCGCCUCCGCCCGCCGCCACCUCAGCGUUGUGAUGACGACGACUACGACGGGCGAGUGCGCUGGACGUCCGAGGCCCGGCUGCUCUGUGUAGGGGGACUGGCGGGGAUGCGGCGGGGAGGCCGAGCGGAGCCAUGGAGCUGGACGAGGCUUUCGGCCUGGUGGGGGAGUUCGGCCCCCGACAGAGACGCCUCACCGCCUUCCUGGUGCUGCUGCAGGUGUUCGUGGCCUUUCAGUCUAUGCUUAUUUUAAUAGUGGGAGCUGUACCAGAAUAUCACAUUGAUCAGGAAGAGAUUCCAACAAGUAAGGAAGCACUUGCAAAGCACAUCAAGUUUGCUAAUAACUUCACAUCUAUAGUAACAGAGUGGUAUUUAAUCAAACAUGAAGCAUAUAAAGUGAGCCUGGCUUCAUCCUUAUAUUUUGCUGGGUUACUCAUUGGAAAUAUAAUGUUUGGCCCAUUGUCAGAUAGACUGGGAAGGAAGCCUGUGUAUAUGUCAGGUCUCUUCUUUGAUGUUAUUUUUGGGUAUAUCUCAGCAUUUGCACCAAGCUAUGAAAUUUUUGCAAUAUCACGCUUUUUUGUUGGGAUUACAAAUGGUGGUAUGUCUUUAGUGUCUUUUGUUUUGACACAAGAAUAUGUAGGAAAAUCAUUCUGGGCGUUGACAGGCUCGUUAACAAAUGUGACAUUCGCAGUUGGCAUAGCGGUUUAUGCCUUAUUGGGUUAUUGUAUACGGGAGUGGCGGUUUCUGGCCUUUGUAUCAAAUUCUCCUGGACUUUUCUUUCUUCUUCUCUCUUUUAUGCUUCCAGAAUCACCAAGAUGGCUGUACUCCCAAGGCAGAAGUGCAGAAGCAGAGAAAGUUCUACUAUCCAUUGCACUUGGUAAUGGAAAAGAAAGAAUUGCUGUGAAACUGAAACAGUGUGCUGGAGCAGUGAAAAAGGAUAACUCAGCAUCCAGUGUCCUAAAUUUAGUUCAACACCCAGUCCUUCGGUGGCGUACUGUCAUCUUGAUGUACAUCUGGUAUGUGUGCAGCCUUGUAUAUUAUGGCUUAACGUUGAAUGCUGGUGAAUUAGGAGGAAAUCUGUAUCUAAAUGUGGCUCUCUAUGGCCUUGUCGAAAUUCCAGCAUUUCCACUUUGUAUGUUCUUCAUUGAGAAACCUUGGUCAGGAAGACGUAAAAGUACAACUGCUUUUUUGAUAUUUGCAGGUUUUGCAUGUAUAUUUACUAUCUUCUUGCCAGAGAAUACUGGUGAAUUUUUCUUCAGUCCCACUCUCUUAGCCUUAUAUGGAAAAUUUACUAAAUGCUGGCUUAGGUGUCUGUUCAAUGACUUGCAGAUUGGGUGGCAUUUUGGCUCCCUUUGUUCCCUCUAUGAAGUCUCUUGGGCCAUCUGUACCAUUUAUGAUCUUUGGCAUCACGGGGUUAUCAGCUGGUUUCCUGACUCUUCUGCUUCCAGAAACUCUUAACAGACCCAUCGCGGAGACCAUUGAAGACUUGCAGACCCCUACCUAUCAAAUACUUAAAAAUAAAAAGGCAGAGUAAAAAUGAUCUUUUGUUUCUAAUUUUUUCAUGUAAUUUGUUUACCUAACAGAAUGGGGGCAGGAUUUUUCAUUCAUUUGAAAUUUCUUCUGUUCUGAGUUUUUUCUCCUCAAAUGCAGUUCGUUAUUUCCCUCUGAAUCCAAGAACAAAGUCUUUCGCACGCUGAUAAAAACAGAUGGCAUUUAGCAUUUUGAGAAGUGAUGUGCCCGGCAGGAUCUUUAUCUCAUUUACUUUCUAGCUUGUUUGCCUUUACUUAGUUAUGUUACUGACAGGUUGCUUAAUAUAUGAUAUCAGGAAGAACUCUUGGUUUUAUAUUUCUUGCUUUACUUUGUUAGAAAAGCCAUCUGGAAGAUUUUCUUACAGUAGAUACAUGGCAAAUAAAAACUUACCUAAUUUUAAAGUAGCUUAGUUUUGUUUGUAUAUUGAUUGUCAUGAAAAGGUUCGCCAUGGUCAUUUUAAAAAGAUGCAUUUCCAUUUUGGUGACCAUAUUGUUGCAGUGGCAUUUGGAAUUACAGAUGUUUGACAUGACCUUUUCUAACUUUCCACAGAAUGUUUCAAAACCCAACAUCAAAUAAAAUUCUCUCAAAGUUUUCUCACAAAGAAUUAAAUAUGGUGGCCAUUUUGUGAAAAUAUCAUUUGUUGAUGUAAAAUAUGUAAUCGCUAGUUUUUAAAAUUUAGGUUCGCUGUAACAGUGAGGAGAUAGUAGCAUUGUUACUGUAUGCACACAGCUGUUGGUGUUGUGGCAAAAACUGAGCAGCAUGAAAUACUCAUGUAGUAAAGCACUUGAAAUAGUUGGGCUCAACUUAAACAAUAAGUUGGAGCUCUUAACAUAAUGCUUUUUCUGGUUUAUAAAACCAGUUUCUCUUUUUACAUAAGCCUGUGCAAACUGGGCAUUAAAACUUGUUGAGCAUUCUAACUAUUCAGUUUUUCAUCUGUUUAACAGGUAAAUCAGUUAGAAGAAAACAGUUAAUGUUUCAAAAAACAUUGCGGUUGAAAAAUGAAGUGUCUCCUGGAGUGGUGCUUCCAUUGUUCAGGUGUGGUGCCAUCAAGAUGAUCACACUGCAGUAUGCAAAGUAUUAUGGGAUUUACAGUUAUUUAUUUUCAUGCAGACAUUAAUCGUGAAAAUGGAAAAAAGCUAAGGAAACUUGUAAGGAAAAAUUAAGUGGUUAAAUCUUCAUCUUAAAAUACCACAUUCCGUUAUUACAAAAGGCAAUAGACAUGUAACAAAAUUCAAAGGAAAGAAUCCUAGAUUUUGAUUUAGGUUUUUUUAUUGUUAUCCUAAACACACUGUUACUCAUAAAGUGUCAUAGUUUAUUUGUGCACUUGCAUUUAGGCUUAUUUAUGUGGAUUUGGAAUUUUAGUUGGAAACAUAGCACACUGCUUCAUAAAUUAGCUUCUCAUUGGAAGACUACAGAAAAGCAUGGAAUAUCCAGAGAUGUUUCAGUUCUUAAAUUUUACAGACUCUGUGCAAUGCCAUUGUUUUCCAGUUUAUGUUUUAUAAUGAAUGUUGUAUUAUUUAUAAAGACCAAAGAUGCCUUUUGCUACUGUUUCUAUUAAUUGUUAAACAGUAUUGCUUGUAUGCAUAAAUCACAGUAUACAUGUGCUGUAGGAAGUAGGUAAGCGAUCCAGAAGCAAUUGUGGGCUUUGAACCAAGUAUUCUUGCAAAUCAUGACAAAAACUGAACUAUAUAAGCUUAUGAGACAGGAAAAGUUUGUACAGCAUGACAUCACCACACAAAUGGAAUUUCCCCCCUCAUUUGGCCCUUAAUUAAUAGGGAGAAUCCUGAACAUUAAAAAUAGUAUUUUAACAGAGUACGUUUAUGUAGACCAACAUUCUGCAAUGUGUGGCAUUUAGGCAGACUGAUGUCAACCUGUCAAAUCAUGUUGAUGUCUGACAAAGACUUGACUGCCUCAGUUCUUUACAUUUACAGUUUUUGAUUUCAAGGCCAACUUUUUAAAAGUGAUGUACAUAGCCCCAAAGCUAAGUUUUUUAGUUGAUUUUCACUUAAGUAUCUAUUAUUAAUUGAUUUUCUCCACUUAGUAAUAAAUUGGGCAGACAACCAGGGUUUUUUCUUUGACGCAUUCCAUUUUUCUGAGCUUUAGAGCACAUAGUUAUCUCUUCCAAAGUGUCCUCUGGUACUCCGUUAUUUUCCUUUAUUGUUCAUGUCAAAAUAGGUAAAAAAGAUGAAGACCAAUUUUUAUGUGGAGUUUUACAUUCUUGUAUUAUAAUAAAUUUAUAUGGAAAGCUUUAUAAAUCUUUAUUUUUAUAAUAAAAAUGCAACAUACAUUUGUUCUGAUUGUGAAAGUGAGAUGCAAAGAUAAUUCUCUCAAAACUUACUGCCAUAUCAUGAAAUGGUUCUUAUAUCAGAUAUUUAAUGUAUCUUUAUAGAGGCUGUUUUGCCUGCGUUGUGUUCCACAUGGUGUAGAAAAUGGCUAAUAAACAAUUUCAGUUUAAAUGGG